AUGCGGUCGUUAACCCAAUUACUCCUUUUCAUCAUCAUCUCAUCCUCUCAUGUCCUCUUUUCAUCGGCUCAGUAUACGGUAACAAACCCAAAGACUGGGCAAACAUGGAAAGCGGGUGAGAAUGUCAAAAUACAAUGGAAGCUCUCAGGAACGCCCGAGGAUACUGUCGAUAUUAGAUUGGUCCAUGGAAAUCCUGAGAAUUUCGAUUUCGUUAUCUGUGAGAAUGUCAAAGCAACAGAUGGAGAGUGCGAAUACACAGUAGACGGCAAAAUCAAGUCUGGCAAUGAUUAUGCCAUUGUCAUUGGAAAAGAUUCAAAGUAUACGUAUUCGAAUGACUCUAUUGACUUUUUGUCUUGUACCUCAUCACCAUCAUGUUUUGAGAAUCGCACUAAACUUUCUUCUCAACAUUUAGUUACUAUCAUCGCAAAUGGACCGCUUCCUGGAUGUCCAAAUAUGGGUGGCAAUGCAUGUACGAAAGAUCUGCCAUGCUGCAGCGCAGCAGGCUAUUGCGGUAAUAGCGAUAGUGAUUGCGGCUCAGGAUGCGAUGCAAAGUACAGUUUCAACAACCAAUGCGAGAAGACUCUAGCUACCACGGACACUCAACUAGUUUUACCAGACAAUGACGAAAUUCGACUGGUCAACUUGCCCGAUGGAACGAGAUGCCCGAGUUUUAAACCAUGCUAUGUGAGGAACACAUGCAAGGCUUCGAAAGUCGCUUGUGCUUCCGACUGCAUAGCUUCCAAAUCUUAUCUCGGCACGUGCAACCAUUCUUCCACUUUCAGUAAACGGCGUGUUACAGUGAACGGAGGACUUCGGCUAAAAAGACCAAAAGUCUUGCAUAGGAAUGAGGGCUUUCAAGGCGAUCCUAGUGCUCUGACAGGCGACGGAUCCAAACCUCCCAGCAAGACAAAUAACACGAGUCUCAAUCCUAAUAAAGCUGUGACGGUUCCCAACUCUAACAAAAACGACACGGCUCCUAGUCCUAACAAAAACGACACGACUCCCAGUCCUAAUACAAACGACGCGGCUCCCACUCCUAAUAAAAACGACACGACUGCCGGCGGCACCGUGUCCAUAUGUGAUACAAACGAUUGCGGUCCCCAACCCACGAAUAAAGCCCCCAAUAAAGCUUCAGUACCAAAGCCCACGCAAACUACAAAAUCUGGUCCCAAUACCAAGUUUUCCACAAAACCCUCCUCCACCAAGCCAACUUCAAAGCCAAAAUUCGUACCAAAGACUGCAAAACCCAAGAUUGUACCAAAGAUUGUAAAGCCCAAGGGCAAACAAGCGAUGAUACCGAACACCAAACAUCCUGUAAACCCGCAUGGUCUGAAACCCAACGAAAGUUACAAGCCCACCAACAGUUCAGACGAAUCUGCCAACGCAUCACCUUCGGCAACGGAGACGACCACUGGCAGUCAAGACACGGUUACUGCCAAUGAUACCGGGUCGCCAGCACCUACAAAGACUUCUACUGAAGAUACGUCCACUGAUAACGGGUCGCCAGCACCUACAAAGACUUCUGCUGAAGAUACGUCCACUGAUAACGGGUCGCCAGCACCUACAAAGACUUCUACUGAAGAUACGUCCACUGAUAACGGGUCGCCAGCACCUACAAAGACUUCUACUGAAGAUACGUCUACUGAUAACGGGUCGCCAGCACCUACAAAGACUUCUACUGAAGAUACGUCCACGGAUAACGGGUCGCCAGCACCUACAAAGACUUCUACUGAAGAUCAAAACACGCCUACUGCCACGACUACUAAAGCCUCGUCUACUGAUAGUCAAGACACUUCAUCUAUUAACAGCUAA